AUGGAGAUGAUUACAAGCACAUCGGCAAUUCUAGCCAUCUUUGGCCAGGCGGAUAUUGACGUGUGCCAGGCUGAAGACCGUAACUCACCCUUUCGUCGACCUCAGCAGUCCGACCCUCGGAUUCAGCUUCGCAGACAGGGAUCUGCCGCGAUCGAUAUUCUCUUCCUAGAACGCCUCUCGUCUCUCGGUAUCGGGAAGCCUGAUAGUGUUUCGACGACGCGGGUCACCACGCGCUCGUCUUGGAGAGAUCUCCGCCAGGGCAGGUGCGCUCCUGCUCUGGUUGUGCACCGAGAGGGUGGGCAGCUGAUUCUCACAUUCACCCAGAGCGCAAAGGCUGCUCACCUCAUUCACCAGUACAACUUCCCCCCUGCCUUCACCACCCUUAUCUUGGACAACUACCGGCCUCCCAAGAUCUUCCAAGAUUCUCCUCGGCCACGAGAUUCUCCCCGCAUCCCUUCUCCCCUCGUCGUCUACUCUGGAAAUCAAACGCAUCCCACAACCCACGACACUUCAGGCAAGAUGCGCUUUACUUCGUUGAACCUCCUGCCCCUAUCCCCUCUCGACCAGAUCGCUCCGAGGAUCUACGUGAGAUCGAUCUUCGCGCUCAACACUAGCGAAGGAUACGACUCGGUCACCACCAAGGAGCACCUUCAACGGUGCUUCCACAAGGCCCUCGCCCGAUGGCCGUUUCUGGCUGGCCAGAUUCGCCCUACCGCGAUGGACCGAAACCGUCUCGAACUGGCCUACACCCUGGAUGACAAGGCCUUGGAUCUCGCCCGCCGCCCUGAUCUCUUUUGCUGUGACCGCAUCAAUGAGCUUGGAGGCUACACUUAUCAGGAGCUGGUGGCUCUCGGAAUGCCCCCAAUUGCGAUGGACAAGGACAUCCUAUCCCUCUCGCCAAACCAUCCCAAGCCUGGCGAAUCUUGCCCUCCUGUCACUCUCAAGAUCACCGAGAUGACUGGAGGUGGCCUCUUUCUGUGCUUCUCGACGCACCAUGGCAUCUUCGAUGGAGGUUUCAUCAAGACCUUCCUCGAGUACUUCGGCAAGAUCGCGCAAGAGGAGUCGACGAAAUCCUGCUCGCUCCCUGAACCAGCCAUUGAGAUGCAGCCAACUUGGCUCACAGAGCUCAAAGCCAGACCCAGCUUGUCUGUGUACGAGAACACAGACAUCAAAGGUGCCGAGUUCCCAGAAUAUGAUUUCACCGACAAAGAGAACUCUUCCACCGCUUCCACCAACACCAAACCCCCGCGCGCGGUCUGCAAAAUCUUCAGCUUCAACAACGCAAUCCUGAAGAAUCUCCAGACUGAGGCACUCCGAUACCUCCACGAGAUCUACGGUAGCACUACCUUCGUCUCCAGGGCCGACACUCUCUCCGCUAUGGUCUGGGUUCACGUCACUCGGUCGCGCCUUCCCCAUCUGUCGCCCUCGGAUGACACCAGCUUCACCACCGCAGCCGACGCCCGCCCUCGCCUCUCCCCAGCCUUCCCUGCUACAGCCUGGGGCAAUAUCUACACCCAAACCAUGGCUGGCAACCAGGUCGGCAUUCUCACCCAACUUCAGAAGAACGGCGAGCUUCCCAGCGACGCACGACCUGCCAUCUUCGAGGCAGCGUGGCUGAUCAGACAAGCGGUUGAGAAGGUCAAGCAGCCCGAUUACAUCCCUUCUCGCAUCGCACUCGCUACAUCUCUCGAGGAUCCCGCCAUGGAGGGCGCAGCUUUCCGCAAGGCAAAUCAGCCUGACCACGCGGGCUUGAGCUGCAGCGUCUGGGUGCACAUGGGUGCCGAUGUUGACUUUGGAAUCCCUGGCACUGGUGGGAAGGCAGACUUUGUGCGCAAGACGUACUCUGCCAACGAUGGAAGUAUGAAUAUCAUGCAGAGACGCGGAAUCACGAAGGGAGACGCGCCCUGGGAUGUACUCCUUGCGCUCAGGGAUGAUGAUAUGGAUCGUGUCUGCAGCGAGAAGGAGCUUGGUCAGUGGACGCAGGAUUGGUGCCCGCGGUUUUAG